GACCAUUAGAUUUUUCAAAUAACUUUACUAUUAGUUUCCAAAACACCCACUUUUUUCUUUUGCUUUUGUCUUCUUCUUUUCUUUAGUACCCAAAAAUGGAAGCCCCAUACUCCUAUAAAUGAAGGCAUAACAAGGCAUGAAAACUAGCAUCUGAGUUGAGGCAGUCUCUGCUUUCAAAACGUCCUAUACUACUCUUUAUCUUUGUCUUCGGUUUUUCCAUCAAUCUCUCAGCUUACUCCUCAAAUGGAGACCAUAAGGAAAGAGCUGGAAGAUAAAAAUAGUGAUCAGAAGGCUAUGGCGGUCGGAGACAAAGCUCGUGUUAGGUCCCGGCGAAGGCCAUUUUUCCGAAGAAAAUGGACAACUUUAGACAAACGUUCUGCUGGUGCUUUCCUUGUUAUGCAUUUUCUCUGUCUUUUGGCGCCAUUUUAUUUCACAUGGCCAGCCUUCUGGCUUGCCGUUGCACUCUACAUUAUCACGGGCUUGUUCGGUUUGACGCUCUCGUACCACCGACAUCUUACACACAAAAGUUUCAAACUUCCCAAAUGGCUUGAAUACACGUUUGCUUAUAUCGGAGUCCAUACUCUUCAAGGCGAUCCAAUUGACUGGGUGAGUACACAUAGAUAUCACCAUCAAUUUGUAGAUACCGAAAGAGAUCCACACACUCCGACACAAGGGUUUUUGUUUGGACAUAUUGCUUGGAUAUUUGAUUCAUAUGGUUUGACUAAAAAAGUUUGCCCUAAACAUGUUGAAGAUUUUGAAGCAAAAGAUGAAAAAAGAAAGAGUACUAAAAAUAUGUUUGUGGGAUAUUUGAAGUAUGGAAGACCUAACAAUGCUGAGGAUUUACAAAAGCAAGCCUUUUAUAGGUUUCUUCGAAGAACAUACAUUCUUCAUCAUUUUGGUCUUGCAAUUAUCCUCUAUGCUGUUGGAGGGCUUCCUUUUCUCACUUGGGGAAUGGGUGUAAGAACUGUAUGCUUUCAACAUGUCACUUUCGCUGUGAACUCUUUAGGCCACAUGUGGGGAAACCAACCAUGGAACACCGGAGAUCAAUCUAGAAAUAAUUGGGUGUUGGCAUUGCUUAUAUUUGGAGAAGGAUGGCACAACAACCACCAUGCAUUUGAGUAUUCAGCUCGACAUGGCCUAGAAUGGUGGCAGUUCGAUGUAACUUGGUGGGUCAUUUUGUUUCUUCAAGCAUUAGGGUUAGCCACUGAUUUGAAGUUACCCUCUAAACAUCACAUGCACAAAUUGGCCAUCCAACCCAAAAGCGAGUAAUGAUACUCUAAAACGUUACAUAAAAUGAUUUUUUAAGGGAUUAAAAAUCAAUAACUUUAAACCCUUAAAAUGUCAUGCCCUUUUGUUUGAUAUUGAUCAUGAAAAUUUAAUUUUAUGUGUUUUUCAAAUAUCUAAAAUGUAGAAAACAAAAACGUAUACUAUAAAUUAUCCUAAAGUAUGAAGAUAUUUGGACCAUUUGAAUAAAGAGAGAGUGAAAAUAUUAUGUACUUUAUUUUGAGAUUAUAUCGAAUAAAGAAACUUAAUUAGCCUUAUGUGUGAAA